AAGCGGCCUACGGUACCCGCCCUCAGUUUAACUACGACCCUGCUGGUAUUCACCUGGGUCGUAGGCACCUCUCCGACCUCGCCGCAGGGCCCGGCCAAGUCUGAGGCCCCGGCGACCACUUAAGUUGGGGCCUGUCCGACUAACCCUCUGGCCGAAGCCCACCUGCCGUCACCAUGGCAUGCAGUUUGCAGAAGUUAUUUGCUGUGGAAGAGGACUUUGAGGAUGAGGAUUUCUUAUCUGCUGUGCAGGAUGCAGAGAACCAGUUUGCUGGCUCAGGGCCUGUGAAUGCUGGAUGCCUGAGACCUGUCCCUUCCAGGGCACAAGAGACGGCGCAGGCACAGUCUUCUGGGCUGCUGCCAUCAUGUUCCACUGCUUCUUCAGAGGCUUUGGGCCUACCAAGCCUGGGACUCUGUCUUCCAACCUCCAGCAUGCUCAGGGCCACCAGGGGUCCGCCUGCCACAGGAACAGGCCCCCUGAGGCCUGUCACUGCCGCCUGCAGCCAGACUGGCAAUCAGAGGAGAGCGACACUGACAGAAGCGCCCAAAGAGCCAGCGAGACCCCAGUCCUCAGCCUCUUGCUUCCUGCUUCCCUUUGAGAGCAAACAGCAGGUGAUUGGUAGCUUCAAGGGACCCAAACACGAUGAAUUCGAUAAGGUCCUGGCAAGCAUGGAGCUAGAAGGACCUGGCAUGGAGCUGGAACUUGGAGUUAACAGUGAGGCCACUGGAAUUCUACCCACCAGGCAGCGGGAAGACUUAAUAUUGGCUAAAAAGGCUCGGAUAGCCGGGCUGAGCAGCUCUUGCCAAAAGGGGCCUGUGCCUGCCGUCCACAUGACUGGUAUCACACCAGCCCAGGACCAGUCUCCAGAUCUUCUUGUCUCUUCUAGGAGGACCUCUAGGUCCCCACAGCCCCACGUGAGACCUGGUGCCGUGGGUAACCUUCCUCCCCCGCCUGCCUCGACAGUUCCUGCUCAGCAGCCCCGCUGGGAAGCCUGUCCCGGAGCUUCCCCACUUCGAGGACCCCCACCUCUUCCAGCUGCUGGAAGGCCUGUUCAGAGUAGCCCUCAAAAUCGUGCCCCCUGUCAGUCAUUCCAGUCUCCAAAUGCCCACUUAAGUGGCCAGCCCAGUUUUCUACGAACUCCCAACUCAAACUAUUCUACUCCCUCCAGGGCUGUCUCUGGAUUUUUCCCUCGGGGGCCUUUACAACCCCAAGCUCCAGUGUCUUCUGUUGAAUCUCCUGUUGGCACCCCCAAGGGCCCUCACUCCCCCCUGGUUCCCCAAGCAGCUCUGCAGAUGCCCAUAGUCACCAAUCACCUGGUACAGCUGGUCACUGCCGCCAAACGCACACCCCAGCACCCGACACGCACUGCCACCCGCGCCAAAACACGCCGCUUCCCAGGCCCAGCAGGGAUCCUACCUCACCAACACAGUGGGAAAAAUCUGGAGGAGAUCAUGGUUUCCACACCCCACACACCAACUCACGGUGCUCUGGCUAAAUUCCAGACAGAGAUUGGCACUAGUUCCCAGGCAUCGGUGGAGGACGAUUUUGGGCGAGGGCCCUGGCUGACCAUGAAAUCUGCUCUGGGCCUGGAUGAGAGAGACCCCGCCUGCUUCCUCUGCACCUACAGCGUCGUCAUGGUGCUGCGGAAGGCAGCCCUGAAGCAGCUUCCCGGGAACAAGGUCCCCAGCAUGGCAGUCAUGAUCAAGUCCCUGACUCGGAGCACGAUGGAUGCCAGCGCAGUCUUCAAGGACCCCACAGGAGAGAUGCAGGGCACGGUGCACAGGUCGCUGCUUGAGACGCGCCAGAAUGAGCUGAAGCCUGGCUCAGUGCUGCUGCUCAAGCAGAUUGGGGUGUUUUCUCCUUCGCUCCGAAACCACUACCUCAACGUGACGCCCAACAACCUGGUGCGUGUUUACAGCCCAGACGCCGGGGAGGGGAGCUUCCUCCGGCCGGCUCAGCCCUCCCCCAAGGAUCCAGGUGGCUUCCAUGGCAGCCUCCAGCCGGAGACCGCGAAGCCCAGGAAAGACCUUGGAACAGCACAGAACCCAGAGGCAGGGACAUCCCCCAAAGAACUCCCAGACGCAGAUGACCUGGAUGGGCUCCUGAGUGAGCUCCCUGAGGACUUCUUCUGUGGGAGCAGCAGUUGGGACCGCCCCCAGGCGGGGCACCCACCGUGAGCAGGCGAGGCUCUGGUUGUGUCUGGUCAUGCCCACGCGGAAGGAAGACGGCGUGAUUGGAGAACAGGCAGAGCUCAGGACUUCUGAGGUUGCUCCCCCACUGAUGCUGUCCCCGAGAACACCCUCAUCCCUUGGAAUCUGCACCGCCGUCACUGUGGGUCUUCUUCGGCCUUCCAGAACUCAGCCCUGCUGUCCCCCAGGCCCUGGGGCACGGCGUGCUCCUCCUGUCAACAGCGAAGGUGUGCUGCUCUCCCACCUCGUCUUGACUUCAGGGGACACUGGGACUGGUCCCUUUACACCCCAGCCCCUGUACAGCUGGGGGUGGAGGACCCACACCCGGCAGUGGUGAUCCGUCCCUUGGACAGGGGAGGAGCACUCAGACUUCCCUCCACUUUGUCUCUUGAGGCCUGUAGCUGCCCAGUUCCCCUGUGUCCAAGGUGUGGGGCAGGGGCAUGGCAAUGACACCUUGUUCGGAAAUAAAGCGGCUGCCUGCUCACCUGCUUUCCUCCCCGUCUUGGCUGCUCCUUCCUGUUCAUCCUGCUGCUGGUGCCUUGACCGCGCAGA